AGUCAGUGUUGUAUGAUAUUCUGAAGAACCUGGGAACAUUAAACCAUUAGCCUGGAGGACAAGUAUAUCACCUUUUAAUGCAUGUAUUCUAUACGACCUGUUGGAAGUUGGCACACUACAUUGAAGAUUUUUUUAAAAAGUAUCAAAGAUUGUUUACAGAGUUUGAACUUGAAGACCUUGUUCUUUGGACUGUUGAACAUUAUAUAGACCCAAAUGGAGCUACAGAAAAUAUCAAACGGUCACCAUGAUCUCAGCCCUGAAAAAAUCACUAUGGAGAGCGAAUUUGAUACCUUAGAAAACAUGACUGAGCCGGGUGAUACAUUCCUUACCAGUGAGAGCAAUGGAACUAUAAAUACUCCAUUUACAGAUUUUGUGGGAAAGACUUCAUUCGGAAUGUCUAUUUUCAACCUUAGUAAUGCCAUUAUGGGCAGUGGAAUUCUGGGAUUGGCUUAUGCCAUGGCCAACACCGGAAUCAUUCUUUUUGUAACCCUAUUAAUAACAAUUGCUCUGCUGUCUGCGUACUCUAUUCACCUUCUUCUAAAGAGUGCUGGAGUUGUUGGGAUCCGUGCAUAUGAACAGCUUGGCUACCGUGCAUUUGGUCACCCUGGAAAAGUCUUAGCAGCAUGCAUUAUAACAAUGCAUAACAUUGGAGCAAUGUCCAGUUACCUCUUCAUAGUGAAGAUAGAGUUACCUCAUAUUAUUCAGAGUUUUAUGGAGAAACCAGACGACAACGAGUGGUAUGCUAAUGGGAAGUACCUCAUCAUCAUUGUUAGUGUCUGUGUCAUUCUUCCAUUGGCAUUCAUGAAACGGCUUGGGUAUCUGGGAUACACCAGUGGCUUCUCCCUCAGCUGCAUGGUCUUCUUCCUCAUAUCUGUGAUCUACAAGAAGUUUGUCACAGAUUGUUCUGAAGAACACAGCUAUAACGACACUAUGCUCAACCAAACUAUGUUUGACCAAACCAUAUCCAACUCCACCUCUGAUAUAUGUGAAGCUAAACUUGUCACUAUCAACCCACAGACGGCUUUUACCAUUCCCAUUAUGGCAUUUGCAUUUGUAUGCCACCCUGAAGUGCUGCCCAUCUACACAGAACUCAAAAAGCCAACUAAGCAACGCAUGCAAAAUGUUGCUAAUAUCUCUAUUCUGGCCAUGUUUGUCAUGUACCUGCUGACUGCCAUCUUUGGUUACCUCACCUUCUAUGAAAGUACAAAUUCAGAGCUUCUGGAGAUGUACAGCAAAACAGACACACUGAUGCUGUGUGUUCGGCUGGCUGUGCUGAUGGCAGUGACACUGACCGUCCCUGUCGUCCUCUUUCCGAUCCGCCGUGCUGUCCUGCAGCUUUUGUUCCCUGAUGAGCCCUUCCACUGGAUGCGUCAUAUUUCCAUUGCUGUGUGUCUCCUCUUCGUCGUCAACCUGCUUGUCAUCUUCGUGCCCAACAUUCGCGACAUCUUCGGCUUUAUCGGUGCCACAUCUGCUCCCAGCCUAAUUUUCAUUCUGCCAGGAUUGUUUUACAUCCGCAUCAUCCCUGAAGAACAACAGCCAUUGAAAUCUCCACCAAAGAUCAAGGUGAUUGCAUUUGUGACACUGGGUUUCAUCUUCAUGAUUAUGAGCAUUUCAUUCAUAAUACUGGAGUGGGUUACAGGAAGGAAGACCAUGGGUGGCCACUGACAGAGCUGAGAGAAGCUGAAGACUAGAUUCUAAUACGGAACACACACCAUAACAAAACUGCAACCUUCUAAACCAGUGCAGCCACUGCAACCAUAUACAAAUAUCUGUCAGAUCUGUGUAGCAGUGGUUGUGCAUAAGGUAGUGAUGCAUAAGAGCUGAGCGUCUAAAAUACAUUUUGAUAAGAUGGAUAUCAAAUCAGACAACUCUUAUUUUCAAUGAAUCCUGAACAAGAUGUUCCUCAAGGAAGCUAGUUACCAGGCUUAACCACCCAAAGUGGUGGCAACGCACAUGCUCUUGACACGUAAGUGCCAUGAUGUUUUUGUAUGUGCUGUCCCAAUAAUAAUAACCCAAUAAUGUAAUGUUGCUAUUUUUUUUUAAACAAUUUUCCUCAUCUCUGCACCAAUAAGAAGCCCAAUAAAUAUAUACAGUACUGCGCAAAAGUCUCAGGCACAUAAGAUGGUUCACAAAAACAACUUAAGUGUUUUAAUCAGCUUUAGUGUGUCAAUAAUAAAUAUUGACCCCCCCAACCAUCAAGUCAAUCAGGGAUUCUUUUUCACAAGUCCCUAAUGGUGCGUUCACAUACAAUAUGAAUUGAGCGUUUCGCGCGGCGUGAUUCCAUACAUAGUCAAUGCAAAGACGUGAAUUGACACGAAUUCGCGGCGGUCGGCGUGAAUAAAGCGAAUGGCGCGAAGUGAAAACACGAAAUCGCUUCAUUCGCGUGUUCGCGCGAGUCCGAGCGAAAAAUUCUCAUGACGCGUUGUCGCGAAAAUCUAUCAGCAUUGAGAUUGUCCGGAUGUCACUGACGUAGUAGCAAAAGAAAUCGGGAUAAUUGGAUAAUAUCAUGCAAACACAACGGCGUUUUGUUUUCCGACAUAUCUAGGACGUCUACAACCGAUACAGAGCAGCAGUCGUUGUGAUAUCGGCCAUGGUUGAUGGCAGAAAGAGAAGUUGUCGGAGAAGCCCCUCCUCCUGUCUCGCGCGAGCUUCCAGCGGUCAAACUCGCGCGAGCAAAGCGAGGCGAAAGUUUUAUUUACGUUGUAUGUGAACGCACCAUAAAACGUUUGCACAGUACUGUAUAUUUAAAGCUGGUUUUAACUUUACAGUUAUUGGUAUUACCUAACAACACAUAACUGCUCUGAAAAUGUGGGGAAAAAACCUCAUUGCCAUAUUUGUAAAUAUUAUCCACUGAUCUAUAUAUAUAUAUAUAGAUCAGUGAUAUUAUCCCAUUUUUUUCUACCUCCGAGGAAAUAGAGUAA